CGCGUUUUCUAUAAAAGCUUUGCCGCGCAUACGAAGAGUCCUCGAAAUUUCCGCACAAAUUAAAACCCGCCACCGUUGCUCUUGCUCUUGGCCACCGCUUUAAUCAUUUUUCGGAUCCCGGCACCCGUGAGCUCUCGAGUAUUACACCCGCUCCGCUUUCGUCUUCUGCUCCGUCUGAUUUCCUUUUAGUUCACCCAUCGGAGGUCUUCCAGCUCCAGAAGAGAGUCUUCUGCUCCUCGGAUAAACCUCGUCACCGUUACAGGUUGCCGCUAAAACAGAAAAAUGACCACAAUCGCCAGGACAAUCGUCUUUCUACUGAUUUCCAUGCUGUCGUUUACAUGGGUAAUUGGGAAAGCCCUCGACCAACCAAGCGAGAAAGAAAGACUCUACAACGAAAUAGACCAACUGGUGGACGACGACGGGAGCGCGGAGACGGCGCUGAUCAACUACCUGUUCGCGAAGCAGAUCGCCAACCGGCUUCGGAGCCAGAUGGACGUCACCGAGCUCCAGAGGAAACGAAGCUACUGGAAGCAGUGCGCAUUUAACGCCGUCUCGUGUUUCGGCUAAACACCACCGCCCCCCUCCCUCCACCCCGUCCGCCCCCCCUGCCCCUUCCAACCACCCUUUAAGUUGUUUUCACGCCCCCUCCCCCAACUCCACAUCCGCCCCGUCCCCAGGGACUCCAAGUCCUACUUGUUCCUUGUAGGACGUGACGCCGCGCCGCAGAGUUGCCAGAUGAGGAAGUCUAGUUCGGCACUUCGCAGAUAAUAUGCCUACGUUGACCAGAAAAAGGAAAGCAUUUAGGAAAUCAUUCUGAAUUUUUGAUAAGCACUAACGUAUUUCUUUGCAGAAAUAUUUGUAAAAAUGAAGGGAAGCGUUGCAGGUCCUUCGGUCCCACCAUUAGCCGCGACUCCGCUUUGCAUUAUUACGAAUAACUCACUCAAGUAAAUACGUUAGCGUUCAUCAAAAUUUUUGUGUUUUUUUUUAAAAAAAAAAAAAAAAAUUGAGAAUCUGUGUAGCCCCCUAACGGUGAUUAAUAGAGCAUUGUAACAUCUACAUUUAUAUAAAACAAAGAAUAUAACAGGCGAACUCUGAUAUAAAUACUUGUGAGUAGAAAUGUACCUUUAAAGAAAAUCUAUGUAUAGGAUACGUAGUAUUUAUGGUUUGCCAAAUUCUUGGAUUUUGGAUUUGUGCCCUGGAAGAAAAGUGUAUACGUAUAAACCGCGGAAGUGCUAUAUUUUAAAUCGGGAUCGAGCAUACCCUUGGUUCAUUACACAUACCUUUCAAACCAAACCUAGCGACGGAAAAAAUGCGGUUGCAAGAGACGAGUGUAAAAGAAGUGUAAAAAAUCAAGUGUAGUUCUUCUUUCAUCAAGUAAAAAUACGUGGAUAUCCAUUUAGUCUCGACAGGACAAUAAUUAAAAGCACACCGCAAUUCAAUGUAUUUCGAUGAUCUUGAUGAGGGAAAAAAUGGUCAACAAAAAAUCUUGGUGCGCACGACUAAAAGUUCAGAGCUCUUCAUCAAAUAUUUUACGUCUCUUAGAAUUACUAGAAUCAUGCAUUGCUGAAGAAGUUACGAUCGUUUUAAGUAUAUGAUAUCCAUUGAAUCCAAAACAUCGCGAAAGAACCGAAACCUUGAAGAGGUCACUCAUGUAACUAAGUUCCCGUGUAAUUACGAGUAGUACAUAUGUAAUUAGUUGAUAAGCAAAUGAUGAAAAGCAAAAAAUAAGGAAACAAAAUCAGUUGAAAUUUGCACAAAGCGGCACUACUUCAUGCUUCGUUUAUUGUGACCAAACUUUCCGAAAGUCGUGAAAGAAAUGUCGUUCAAGACAAGUUGAAAAGAUCAGUUAUAAAAUCGCCGAUGCGUUCAACCGCACUUCCUCCAUUGCACUUGAAAUACAGAUAAUUCCCUGGGUAACUUCGGAAAGGUCAUCAAUAAAUAGCUCCAACUAGACUUUUUCUCGCUUAUACAGGCAGGGUUGUAUCGACUGAAUGUGUAACCCAGUAUCUCUUCCUACCUACUUUUUCCGCCAAGAGAAACACCCACAGUAUACCAAAUGUUACUUUUUGAAUUUAAAAAUGUGAAUGCAAUAUUUUUUUGUUUUAAAUUACGAGUUGUUGUAGAAGUCCCCGAACACUAUGUUCUUAUUCUAUUUUGAUUUGGAUAUAUUUUAUUCGUUAAAUAAAAGUAUUUUCUUUUUCAA